AUGUAUGGUGUUGGUGGAAUAGGGAAAACAACUCUGGCAAAAGCUAUCUACAAUCGAAUAUUUCGACACUUCGAUGGUAGUUGCUUCUUAUCGAAUGUUAGAUCAGAAGCUGAAGCACCAUCUAAUGGUCUGGUCAAGCUGCAACAGAAACUUCUUCGUCAAAUUCUCAAAAAUAAGGAUUUUGAAAUUAACAAUGUUGCUGAAGGCAUCAAACUAUUCAAAACAAGAUUUGAGUCAAAAAAGGUUCUAAUAGUUCUUGAUGAUUUGGACCACAUGAGACAAUUGCAUUCCUUAGCAAGAGAUCGAAGUUGGUUUGGUUCAGGUAGUCUCAUAAUUAUUACAACCCGAGAUGAGCAUUUGCUAUGUGGGCUUAGAGCAAAUGAGAGAUAA